GAGAGAGAGAAGUCCAGCACCAUCAUCAUCAUCAUCCUCCUCCACUUCCACAUAGUCGGUGUUUUUUGAGAGGAUCGUCGCCAAGGAGCAAGUGGCUUGUUUACAGGCCCGCAGCUUCACGUAUCAUGACUAAAGAGGAGAACCUGGAGAUGCAGGAGAAGGAGAGGCACGACCGCGAGGACCAGGAGGACGGGAGGGUCCAGAGGGAGGAGGAGGAACAGACUGAGGAAGAGGAGGAUGAGGAUGAAGAAGAGGAGGGGGGGUAUGAGAUAGAGGAGGAGCAGGCAGAGGAAGGAGAAGAACACGAGGAGGAGGGCUCGGUGGACAGGGAAUGUGAUCCUGCUCCUGAGACUGAGCUCCUGUCAGUGUCUGCGCUCCCUAGUCCAGUCCAGGAGCCCCGACGUCGAGCUAUGGUGCACCCCUCUGCCCAAGCACCCCUUCCCAAAGACUACGCCUUCACCUUCUUUGACCCCAAUGACCCUGCUUGUUUGGAGAUCCUCAUGGACCCUCACACCACCAUCCCCGAGCUGUUCGCCAUUGUGCGCCAGUGGGUCCCCCAGGUGCAGCACAAGAUCGACGUCAUCGGCAACGAGAUCCUGAAACGUGGUUGCCAUGUGAACGAUCGUGACGGUCUGACGGACAUGACGCUGCUUCACUACAGCUGCAAGGCGGGCGCGCACGGCGUCGGCGACCCGGCGGCAUCGCUGCGUCUCACCAGCCAGUUGAUCUCUCUUGGCGCCGACGUGAGUUUGAGGAGCCGCUGGACAAACAUGAACGCUCUGCACUACGCCGCCUACUUCGAUGUCCCAGAACUGGUCCGAGUCCUGCUCAAAGCUGCCAAACCCAGAGUCUUGAACUCCACGUGCAAUGACUACCACCACGGGACGGCGCUGCACAUCGCUGCCUCCAACCUGUGCCUGGGUGCGGUCAAAUGUCUGCUGGAGCACGGCGCCAACCCCACCGUCCGGAACGAGAAGGGCCAGGUGCCGGCAGAGGUGGUCCCAGACCCGAUGGACAUGAGUCUGGACAAGGCGGAGGCCGCCAUGGUGGCCAAAGAGCUGAAGCAGCUGCUGCAAGACGCGGUUCCACUGAGCUGCAACCUUCCCAGGGCCACGCUGCCCAACUAUGACAACAUUCCCGGGAACCUGAUGUUGUCCUCGAUGGGGAUGAAGCUGGGAGAGCGAGUGCUUCUGGACGACAUGAAGAACGGGACACUGAGGUUCUGCGGUACCACAGAGUUUGCCAGUGGUCAGUGGGUCGGCGUGGAGCUGGACGAGCCUGAGGGGAAGAACGACGGCAGCGUCGGUGGCGUUCGCUACUUCAUAUGCCCUCCUAAACUAGGGAUUUUUGCUCCAGUGUCAAAGAUCUCCAAAGUUGUGGACCAGACAGUCUCCUCUGUCACCUCCACCCCCAGAACGCCCCGCAUGGACCUGGCCUCGCGCCUCGCUGGGAAGACCAAGAAGGAAAAGGAGAAGAAGGAGAAAGCAGCCCAGAAGAAAAAGUCUUCAGUAGUCAGUCUGGAUCCCGAAGGACUGAACGUUGAGGUCGGAGAUCAUGUCCUGGUGGCCGGGCAGAAGCAAGGCAUUGUGCGCUUCUUUGGAAAAACCGACUUUGCUCCAGGUUUCUGGUUCGGUGUCGAGCUGGACCAGCCCACGGGUAAACACGACGGCUCUGUGUUUGGAGUGCGUUACUUCAACUGCCUGCCCAAAUAUGGAGUGUUUGCUCCCCCCUCGCGGGUCCAGAGGAUUGGAGGACCUAAAGACGCCUCACAGAGAGACAACUCAAUGGUGAAGAAAGUCCACCAGGUCACCAUGGCGCAGCCCAAGCGUAACUUCAACACGGUGCGUUCUCCUAAAGACCUCACCUCGGAAAGCUCCAUAUCCAGGUUGCUCUUCUGCUGUUGGUUCCCGUGGAUGCUGCGAGCUGAGAUGCAGUCCUAACUACGCUGCUGUCCUCCUGCUAGCUAACAAUCGCUGUUGUUCGUCCAACCCGGCGAAAGCUUCCUCUCUCCAGCUCUCAGUCCACCUUCUUCUUCUCCUUUCAAUCUUUAGUGCCUUGUUGAAAUGUUGAUCAAACCUUCCUGCUAAAGAACCCCCCAACCCCCAAUUCUCCACACCAGAUACUCUCUUCAUUAGCAUCUCACCUCCUAGCUUAGCUUGCUCUUUGUUUACUUGUCAUCAGCGUGUGAUUUUAGCUCCACAUUGUUUGUUUCGACUUCCGAGAUGCUGUUGUGUAUCUAAACAAUUCCAAUAUGUGCUGCUGACAGUUGGGAACAAUAGUUAGCGUCAAUCUUCUGCUUUUUUGACGUGAAAACGGAAGAUGUUGGUCAAACACGGGAAAGUUCAAUACAGGAUCUGUUCCUGGCGUCCAUCUUGUCUCUGCAUUGCUUUCUCGUAGCUGCUUUGUUGCUAUAUUUAGCGAGUAUUCAGAGCAUACUUGCCAACCCUCCCGAUUUUUACGGGAGACUCCCGAAUUACCCCUCCUGAAAAUUUCCCGGGGCAACCAUUCUCCCGAUUUUCACCCGGACAACAAUAUUGGGGCCGUGCGGUGAUGGCACUGCCUUUAGCGUCCUUUACAACCUGUCGUCGCAUCCGCUUUAACUCCAUCCAAACAGCGUGCCGGCCAGGCACAUGUUGUGUGCGGCUUCUACCUACACACGUAGGUGACUGCAAGACAUACUUGACCAACAGCCACACAGGUCACACUGAGGGUGACCGUAUAAACAACUUUAACACUGUUACACAUAUGCGCCACACUGUGAACCCACACCAAACAAGAAUGACAAACACAUUUCGGGAGAACAUCCGCACCGUAACACAACAUAAACACAACAGAACAAAUACCCAGAAUCCCUUGCAGCCCCAACUCUUCCGGGACGCUAUAAUAUACACCCCCGCUACCACCAAACCCCGCCAACCUCAACCCCGACCCCCAUCUCCUGAAUUCGGAGGUCUCAAGGUUGGCAAGUAUGAUUCAGAGUCCUCGGGCAAGUUUUUCGUAGAUUAUAGGAUACUUUUGGAGGCUGACGUAAAGGUGCGUAUAAUUCAUAAACCUGGAUUAUAGUCCUGCGUAGUCACGUCUUGAUUCUUUUGGCAGCUCUUGGUCCGGGUUGAGCGCAAGACGUGCAAUCCCGCCCCGAAACACCAGAGGCGCUGUUUUUCGGCGCAUCAACUUGGUGAGCAACCGAAAGUUUCGCUUGCCCUUUUAGCUUUGUCGCUACACGAUUGAUACCGGAAGACACGCACGCGCAAAGACCACGUCACGUCCACGCACACUGUCACGGUUACCAUGGUUUUUUUAAUGUCAUCUUUAUUCCAAUACAAAAAAACCAUUAAAGAAUAUAGUCUUUUUCCAAACCGUACCGAUCUGUACAUACACCCGAACUUAGAUUCCACUAAAUUAAGUAAUUGAUCUCCAAGUUGGGGAGGAGAUCUUGCCCCAAGUGGAGGAGUUCAAGUACCUCGGAAUCUUGUUCACGAGUGAGGGAAGAGUGGAUCGUGAGAUCGGUGCGGCGUCUUCAGUAAUGCGGACGCUGUAUCGAUCCGUUGUGGUAAAGAAGGAGCUGAGCCGGAAGGCAAAGCUCUCAAUUUACCGGUCCAUCUACGUUCCCAUCCUCACCUAUGGUCAUGAGCUUUGGGUUAUGACCGAAAGGACAAGAUCACGGGUACAAGCGGCCGAGAUGAGUUUCCUCCGCCGGGUGGCGGGUCUCUCCCUUAGAGAUAGGGUGGGAAGCUCUGUCAUCCGGGAGGAGCUCAAAGUAAAGCCGCUGCUCCUCCACAUGGAGAGGAGCCAGAUGAGGUGGUUCGGGCAUCUGCUCAGGAUGCCACCCGAAUGCCUCCCUAGGGAGGUGUUUAGGGCACGUCCGACCGGCAGGAGGCCACGGGGAAGACCCAGGACACGUUGGGAAGACUAUGUCUCCCGGCUGGCCAUAUUGAUAUUGUUUUAUUUCCCAGCUUUACUUCAUUUCAUAGAAAUGCCAGUCAGGAAGUGACAAAGUUGUGGACUGAUGGAGUCUUCCGGUCCCGAUCGUGUAGCAACAAGCUUGUUAGCGUCCUUCGUUGUGAGCAAACAAUGCUAAUUCAAGAGAGAGAGAGAGAGCGUGUGUUCAUAGAGCUGAAACUAAUCGAUGUGUUACAACAAUCACUUUUUAAGAAAAUAUUGAUCGGAGAUCGGAGGAGUUUACGAUGCAAACUAGACCAUGUCAUUUAAAGUACCACUUCUAGUCACACACACACUAGGUGUGGUGAAAUUACUCUCUGCAUUUGACCCAUCCCCUUGUUUCACCCCCUGGGGAGGGGAGGGGAGCAGUGAGCGGCAGCGCUCGGGAAUCAUUUUGGUGAUUUAACCCCCAAUUCCAACCCUUGAUGCUGAGUGCCAAGCAAGGAGGCAAUAAGUCCCAUUUUUAUAGUCUUUGGUAUGACUCGGCCGGGGUUUGAACUCACGACCUCCCAGCCUCAGGGCGGACACUCUAACCACAAGAGCCACUGAGCAGGCUAAAUUAAGGGACUUCUAGCGACAGUUGUCCAACGUGUGUCCCAGCUUCUGAGUUAGCAUUAGCAUGUUAGCUAGCCGCAAAGACGUCUUUAGUUAAGUCAAACGCGACUAAAUCAUCUUCUUCUUGCUUGCUUCCAGUCUGAAGAUGUGUCGGAUGGAGGAAGCACUGACGCAAACCUGAACCAAAUAAGUCUUGAACAGACCUAGAUCUGUGUCAUACAUACAGUAUAUCUCCUUCACCAAAACCGCUAAUCAGCCCAAACAACAAAGCAUACUUGCCAACUCUCCCGAAUUUUCCGGGAGACUCCCGAAUUUCAGUGCCUCUCCCGAAAAUCUCCCGGGACAACCAUUCUCCCGAAUUUCUCCCGAUUUCCAGCCGGACUAAAGGCACGCCCCCUCCAGGACCGUGCGGACCUGAGUUAGGACAGCCUGUCGUCACGUCCGCUUGGCCAACCAAAAAGUAACCACAGAACACUUUGGUUGGCCAACGGUUUACAUUGUAUUGCGCACCCUGACGGCAAGUGUGGGAGUCGGUUCUGAGUAUGAAGUAAAGAGACGUAACUUUGUCACCUCGCCUGGUUAUUGACUCCAACCCAGAAUAUUACACUGCCCAUACCUAUGCUCCUUCAAGGGCUGUGCUACUGGCUGCAAAGCAUUGCACUUUCAAAUACAACAAUGAGUAGAGAGGCGUGUUAUGUGUGUAUAUGUGUAAAUAAAUGAACACUGAAAUUCAAGUAUUUAUUUCAUAUAUAUAUAAAGAAAUACUUGAAUUUCAGUGAAUUCUAGCUAUAAAUAUACUCCCCCCCCCGCCCCCCCAUUAACCCCGCCCCCAAAAUAUCCCGAAUUUGGAGGUCUCAAGGUUGGCAAGUAUGCAACAAAGUGAAGUAUUUAACGUCUUUGUGUUGCCGCCUUAUAUGAAAGCGUAUUAUAAUUAUUAUCAUUAAGAGUAUUAUCAUCAGCGUUCACACUUUCAAUAUUUGAUCGCCCAACAAUCACUGAGUCGCCUUUAUUCUUCCUUUUUUUUUUUACUCGCUGAAUCUAGUCGGUCUCGUCACGUCCUUUUGUGACCGAGGUCCUACGAGGACGCCUUAAAAUUAAUAAUUUCCCUAAUGAUCAUAAUCCCCUGUCUGCGUCUCUUUAUCAUCGUCAGCCUUUCUUUCUUUGGGCCCCUUCCUGACAUGUUGUCUGCUUGGAGGUCACAUUCUGCUUUUUGGCCACCAGAGGUCACUAGUGUGUAGUUAUAUAUUUAUAGAUCUACUACCAUAAAUGAUAUUACGCUUGUACACCUGUAGCUCUUGUUCACUUGUUCCAAGGACCGUGCCUAUGAUUUCAAAUGUAGGACAGUCUCGUCUGUAGAUAAAACACACUUGGGGUCGUUCUAACGUUUCUUAACACGCCAUGAAAGGGACAAGCGGUAUAAAAUGGAUGGAUGGAUGGAUGUCAGUGUGUUUGCUACUGUACAAGCGAGCAGCCAUGACAAAAGUCAUCUUGUUUCUUGUGUUGACAAAUUCGGUCCUUCCCGCCAACUACCUAUGUACUGUACAGCUUUUAUCGUCUCAAUAACCUCACCAAGUGUACUUUUGAGUUAUUUUGUGUUUUUUAUUGGUGUCCUGUGUGGAGACGUCGUGACGCAAACAUCCAGUCACUGCAUGCUGUGUAUUUUGUCCAACUCGUCCUGAGCAUGGAAAUGCAUCCGAUGACAACUACUGUGCUGCAAUAUUCUACUAAAUAAACUGAUUUGAUGUUG